AUGGAGGAAGCUAACAACGAAAUAAGUCAGUUGCAAAAGCAGAGGAGAAUGCGAAAUUGCCGCAAGAAACGGAGGAGACAAGAGCGAGCGUUAGCCAACCGCAUGGUUAAUGAAGAGGUUUUAGCGCAGAAAAUAAGCGGAGCCGUGAAGGAGCAGAAAGCACUCGCUGAGAAAUAUUAUACCAAGUGGAAAAGCAUUUCUAAAGAAGCAAACGAACUUCGACGUAAAAUACCGGCACAAAGUCACAAGAGAAAGGUAUGAUUUUGCUUCAAGAAUAGUUGGAAUGUGAUAUAUUUUGGAUACAGUAAUAUAUUUAUUAUAGACCUAGCCCUAAGCCCAGGACACCCCCACUCUAAUACUGCACCCCCUGUAUACUUCACAUACAGGUAUACUGCUGUAAAUAGAUUUAUUAAAUAUCAUUGAAGUUCAUGCUAGUUAAAUCAAUAAGUUCUCUUCUCUAUUGUACAAUUAAGCAUCCUCUCCAAUAAAUUCCCACUCAAAUGUGCCAAGGGAGGGGGGGGGGGAUGGUUAUUACAUGAUUUGUGGUGCUGUGUAACCCAUCAAAUCAUGUGGCGACACCUAGACUACAGUACAUAAAGUAAAGGUAAAGCUAAAAAUAUUUUACAACAUUUAUUAUUGAAAAUAUCAAGUGUCGGAUAUUAAAUAUUGACUGAGACCAGUGAUUCUGAAAGGAAACAGUAUGUUUUGCUGACUGAGGCAUACAGUGUUUGACAAAACAUGCUGUUUCCUGCCAAACAACAACAACAACAUCAGUCAAUAAUAUUUCAUUAUACUUGCCAAGUGUAAAAAUUGUCCAAAUCAUUGAAACAAACUAUAUACAUGCCCUCAUGGUUUUUGCCAGGAUUAGCAACAUUCAUGCAAUUUUGGCAAAAUGUCAAACAUCACUAGUACUGUUAUACCUUACUUAAUACACCCUUCCGGAAUGUGCAGAACAUCAUUGGCUAUAGAGUAUAGAAUCUCGUUUUCAGGUAUAUGAUGUAAAACCUAGCAUCUCACCAUGAAAACAUGGCUCUGUAGCCAAGACGAUGUACUUUCUGGAAGCAUGUAUUGUACUCACCACCACAUAAUAACUUAUACCAAUAAAUAUUGAGAGGGAUUAAAAGUACAAUACCAGACUUACUAUUUGUUGGCUACCGUACAUUAAUUUUUACAUAGAAAUUUAAUUCUAUUACUAAUGUUAUAGGUUUCAAUGGAUACUGCUGCAACUGGUAAUGCCUCACUAACCAAAAUGAGUACUGCUUCAGUAAAACAAAUUAGGCCAUGUGAGUUGUUGCCAUUGGAAGUAAAUAACUCAGCCACUAUUCCUGUUGGCUCUGGAACCUAUGGGGAUUGUUUUCUUAAAACGUUUAAGAGAUUUGGGAUUACUGUUGUUGAGAAGAAGCUGCCAACAUCUGAUUUAAAAGCAGUUAUGAAUGAGGCACAAUGUAUGAAUACACUAACUCAUGCAUCUAUUCCAUAUUUAUUAGGGGUCCAAAUUGAAGAAAACCCUUUCUCUUUAGUUAUGCAGUUUGUUGGUGAUGAGAAUUUGGAAUCAGUAACAAUUCAUAAGUUGUUGCACCAAACCAUACCAAAACAUUUGUUACUUUCUGCAAAUGAGUGGAUUUCAGUUUUACUUGACAUUGCAGAAGCUCUUUUUCAUGUUCACAUGAAGGGUUUUUUGCACUGUGAUGUCAAGUCAAACAAUGUUUUGUUACAGGAAAGAAAGGUUUUCUGAUAGACUUUGGUAAGGCUUGCUUAAUUUCUAGGCCAAAAGCUCGAAAGUACACUUCUUUUUACAACCAUAUUGCCACAGAGGUUUUGCGAGGUCAGCCUGUGAAUACAUCCAGUGACGUUUUUUCGUUUGGGGUAAUCAUAUAUACCAUUGGAAAGAAAUUCCCAAACGCCUGUCUGGAAUCCUUAGGAAGGCAUUGCAAAGAUGCGAAGCCAGCGUCGAGACCAACUAUGCCAGAAGUAAUGAGAAUCUUGAAGGAAAAUGUAGAAUGAAGGCUGUAAUUUUGCCAGCACCUGCACCUAUAUACACAAAUUGCAGAAAUUAAGACGUAUAAACAAACCUGAAUUGCCUGGCAUUAUACAGAGUAAAAUAGCAGGGCCGGGAGAAUUGCCACUAUGUACAUUAGAAAAACUAUUUACAAUGAUCACUCCAACUAUUUUCAUUCUCUAAAUUGCUAAAAUAUAUGUUGUCAAGAGUCUUUAGUCAGGUGUCCAGUGGAAACUCACCAUGUAAAAGUACAGAUAAAUUAAAAUUAAAAGAUUAAAUUAUAAAUUAAACUAAAUAGAAUACUGUGAAUAGUGGAAACUUAUGUUGUCAAGACUUCAAGUCUUUAGUCAGCAGGUUGUCAAGACCUAGAGUCUUUCGGCAGCCAGUGGAAACUGUUUUACAGUAUGGAUAGUGUAAUUAAACAUUUAAUUAAAUGAUAAAUUAAACUAGUAUACUGUGAAUAUAGUGGAAACUUAUGUUGUCAAGACAUUGAGUCUUUAGUAGCCAGUGGAAAAUUAAGGUGCUUGCCCCUUGACAAGUAAAAUUGUCUGGCAUUAAUAGACAGAGUAAAUAAUGUAUUUCACGUUUGACCUAGAGUCUUUCAGCAGCCAGUGAAAACUGUUUUACAGUGUGGAUAAUAUAAAUAAACAUUUAAAUGAUAAAUUAAUUAAGCUUAAUAUUAUACCUGUACUGUAAAUAGGGGAAACUUAGAGUAUGUUGUCAAGACUUCAAGUCUUUAGUGAGCAAGUUGUCAAGACCUUAGAGUCUUUCAGCAGCCAGUGGAAAAUUAAGGUGCUUGCCCCUUGACAAGUAAAAUUGUCCGGCAUUAAUAGACAGAGUAAAUAAUGUAUUUCACGUUUUAAUAUAUAGUGUAGUCGCGUUAAGCUGUAAAAAUGCUACAUAUAUUAUCAUAUUGUUUGUACAGUAUACUACACACUGGCACUGCCUGGCACAAAACAAAUGCCUUGGGGAGCUGUAAAAACGCUCUCCUUUUUGCAUUUUCGUGUGAUGUAUUGUUGUUUAAAUUGUUCUCGGAUACUUAAAUUGAAACAUAUUGCCAUUCUGUUAUCAUUUUAUGUUUCUAUAAACAACGCCGCAACGUGAUAUUUUAGAAACAGCCUUUGGCAGGUCACUGGCAACAGCUGGAUGUUCAAAUAUUCAAGGUUUAAUACAAAGCUUCGCAGUCGCACAAGAUAGAUAGAUAGAUACAUUGAUAGAUAUUUAAUUUGCCCUGUUUAAUACAUGAUAUAAAAUUAUCAAAAAUAAUAAGAGAAUCUCGAGGAGGAUAAAUAUUUCAACAUUUGGUCUUGGAGCCAUAGACUGAACUUAACCAUUGUGGGUUUUUAGUUCUUGACAGUUGACUAUAACAUAUAGUAAAAAUUAUGCAUUUAUUGGUGUAUAAAUUAUAAAAAUACUAACCUGGUAAACACACGCAAAGUUUUGAAUCCAUAAAAAGAAUAUACUCGCCAUAAUCUCUUGUAAGUUUUAUAGUACUAUUCAAAAUAUAAAACCCUUUUACAUAAUAUCUCACUCUUGUAUCACAGCCAUGCGUCUCUAAAAAUCGUGCGUGUUCCUCGCGUGCACUGAUUGCUUAAAACGUGGGCAGACCCAGGCAUUAAUAUAGCUGAGUUUUGGUUUGAAUGUAUUGAAGGUUAUUUUGUCCAACACAGAUGGUUUGAGCAGAUACCUACAAGGGAAGCAGAUGGAUGUCGUUACGGCAAAGAAGAGUGUUGAUGCCAUGAUCAAAACACUAAGUGGAUGUCGUACCCAAGAAAAUUUGGAUCUGUUGUGGUCGCGCGCUGAAAUCAUGGCAGACAAAAUCAAGGAACUAAUUGAGGAUACAGAUUUCAAUUUCGAAGAUGCAAAGGUACCAAGACUCUGACAGCCAUCACGCCGGCUGCAGGCACUUGUCGGCGAAACACCUGAAGUGAAUGCACAAGUGGAGUACCGAGCAGCAGAAGACCACUAUCGUAUCACAUGCUACUACCUAAGCAUUGACAAGAUUGUCGCGGAGAUGAAAUAUAGAUUUGAAGGUAAUGAUCAAGAGGUGCUAUUGGCACUUGCAGACAUUGUCUUCAGCAGCUCUCCAACCAGGGAGAAUAUUGAGUUGGUAUCAGACUUCUAUGGUAUCGACAGUGAGCUUCUUGGCAGCGAGAAAAACGUCUUUGAGAAUAUUGACGCCAAUCCUGAGAGAAAAAACAUCACCAAAAUUGUGAGAAUGUUCGAAAAUGGUGUUCAUGAAGUUCUUCCUGUUGUUUACAAAGUAUUUUCGAUUCUGGCCACGAUCCCUGCAACAUCCUGCUUUACUGAGAGAUCUUUCAGCGCUCGAAAACCUAUCUUCAAAGUACAAUGGGCCAAGAACGGUUAA